AUGCAGCUGCUUUUCAUAAUCGAGAAACUCCCUGUGUCGGUGGCAGCUGACACCUAUCCCCGACCGGUACAAGGAGCAGAAAUGGAUAAGGUGAUGCAGGAGCUAGGGAAAUCACUAACGGACCAAGAUGUAAAUUCAUUAGCGGCUCAGCAUUUUGAAUCUCAGCAGGAUUUGGAGAACAAAUGGACCAAUGAAUUAAAACAGUCUUCUGCUAUCCAGAAGCAGGAAUAUCAGGAAUGGGUGAUAAAGCUUCAUCAGGACCUAAAGAAUCCCAACAACAGCUCCAUCAGUGAUGAAAUUAAGGUUCAGCCCAGUCAACUGAGAGAAUCUGUAGAAGGAAAUGGAAGAAUUUAUGAAGAGCAAAGGCUGUUAGAAGAAAGUUUUACUAUUCACUUGGGAGCUCAGCUGAAGACUAUGCAUAACUUGAGAUUACUGAGAGCUGAUAUGCUGGAUUUCUGUAAACAUAAGCGCAAUCAUCGCAGUGGAGUAAAACUUCACAGACUCCAAACUGCAAUGUCUCUCUAUUCCACUUCUCUCUGUGGGCUGGUUUUAUUGGUGGAUAACCGUAUCAGUUCAUAUAGUGGCAUCAAAAGAGAUUUUGCAACCGUUUGCCAAGAAUGCACAGAUUUCCAUUUUCCUGGAAUUCAAGUACAGCUUGAAAUUGUCCAGCAGGUUGUACUUAAGGCCAGAGCACAGCGUAGCAGUAAGUCGAAAAGACAUCACGAAAAUAAAAGUAGUGGAAAUGAAGAGAAAUUAAAGAGUAUUGAACGAAACCAGUCAAAUAUUUUGCCGGGAGAAUUCUACAUCACACGCCAUUCAAACCUCUCUGAAAUCCAUGUUGCUUUUCACCUCUGUGUGGAUGAUAAUAUAAGGUCUGGUAACAUAACUGCUCGGGAUCCUGCAAUCAUGGGGCUCAGAAACAUUCUCAAAGUUUGCUGCACACAUGACAUUACUACCAUUAGUAUUCCUCUCCUAUUGGUGCAUGACAUGUCAGAA